ACAUAUAACUAGAAUUAGUACAUGUAAUUAUAAGAUGUUCUCCAAUGUUUAUUGUCACUUGAGGUUUACAAACAUUUCAAAGUUGCUCAUUGCAAUAGGAAUUUCUGGAAUUAUUAUCAAGCGUCUAAUGCUUACUGUUGGUAUUGGAAGGAGUCUCAUUCACAGUGAUGGGAAUGCAACAUAUUCAGAUCAGGUGACACAAAAGAGAAGACUGUUUGUAUAUACAAAUAAUCUAUAUGACCAACACUUCAGAGCAAAGAGACCACUGGAAGCCACAGAAGAGAUGCUUCAAAGACUCCAAAUCCCUCCACCAGAAUCUUCAUUUGUUGAGCUGUCAGAAGAAAUGCUUCAGAAUUUUGUAUUCGUAACAGCAUCAUCAAGGAAUCAUUUUAAUGAGAGCUUGGAACUGAUAGGUGGCAUACAGACAUAUUAUCCUGACCGAGACAUUUAUUACUAUGACAUUGGCCUUGAAGAUGAGAAUGUGGCAAAGAUUAAAACAAUGUGUAGAGUGAAGUACAGGCAGUUUGACUUUGAGGCUUAUCCACCACAUGUCUCCAUUAUAAAGACCUAUGCCUUUAAGCCACUCAUAAUCAAGGAGAUGAUGACAGAGCACAGAGUAGGUGUAUUCUGGGUUGACUCAUCAAUUCGUUUCAAAACAGGAGAAACAGAGACACUAUGGGAGAAAAUGAAAAAUGGAAAUGGACUGGUGCUUUUUAUCAACACAUUCAUAAAUAAAAUAUCUGCUGUGACCCACCCUGAUAUGUAUGAGUUUCUCCCAGCAGAUGAGCAAGAGAUGAGAGGACGCACUACAUAUGGAUGUGGUGCACUUUUAAUAUACAACACCAAAUUUGCUUAUGAACAUUUCUUUCAAUGGUUUUUAUUAUGUGCAUUAAAUGCACAAUGCAUCGCCCCAGUUGGUUCUAGAAUCAAAUGUGAUGAAGAGAGUAAAGAUAGAAGUGCUUACAGGAAUUGUCAUAGAUUUGACCAAUCUGCUUUGAACAUUCUUAUAAGUAACAUGUACAAUUUUUGGGGAAAUUUUGAAUAUGAAAUUUGUGACACCACACGAUUAUUUGUUACGAGAAAGGAAACAAACAUGUUUGAAUUGAAUUUCUGUAUGUAACAAUAGACUUAUGGACCUUUAAAAUGAAAACUAGAGAAUAAUUCAUAUUAGGUUGUACUGUAUUAAGAUGAGGGCGAUUCACAAUUGGUACAAAUGUGUUUGAAGAAGUGAACCAGUAUUUGAGCUAUUACACAGAUCUAUGUAUGGAUUAAUAGAUGAAUGCAUGGACAGACAGACGGACGUCAUUUGUUG